AUCUCUUUCUCUGUCACACCAUUUCCCUCUACCCACAAACUUAUCCUCUCUCCCAUGUUCACCUGUUCCUCCUAUUUCUUCAAAUUUAAAAAAAAAAGAAAAAAGAAAAAAAGUUGACCAGUUGCAUGUAGUCCAAGACUUCACCAGUUACGAGCUCUAUAAGGGGCAAACUCGUCACAAAAUAUGAAUUAACAGUAUAAAUAAGAGUAUCAGAAUCCCAAACUCCCAUGCAAAAAUAGACACUCUCAGAGACACACACACAAACUCACACGCUUCCCACCGUUUCAUUAAUUUACUUCACACAUAGCCGUAGAGGCACUGAGUUUUCACGAAAGCACAUUAGUUGCAAAUACAUUCCCGCAAUUUCCACCGCAACCACAAUGGUUGGCGUUAGGUUUAUAACAGUCGCGGUGCUAUUCCUUGCGCUCACAGCCGGCGUGCGGUCGUGUCCGCCGUCGGACAGGGAUGCGCUGCUGGCAAUCAAGGCGGCGCUCCACGAACCGUAUCUCGGCAUCUUCAACUCGUGGACCGGCGCCGAUUGCUGCCACAAAUGGUACGGCGUUAGCUGCGACCAGGAGACUCGGCGCGUGGCCGACAUCAACCUCCGCGGCGAGUCGGAGGAGCCAAUAUUCCAGAAGGCACAUCGCACCGGCUACAUGACCGGUUACAUCUCGCCGGCGAUCUGCAAGCUCGCUCGCCUCUCCAGCAUCACCAUCGCCGACUGGAAGGGAAUCUCCGGCGAGAUCCCUCGCUGCAUAACCACCCUACCUUUCCUUCGCAUCAUCGACCUCAUCGGAAACCGCAUAUCCGGCACCAUCCCCGCCGACAUCGGCAGACUCCGCCGCCUCACAGUCUUCAACAUCGCCGACAACGUUAUCUCCGGCACGAUCCCAGCGUCGCUAACGAACCUCAUAAGUCUUAUGCACCUGGACCUUCGAAACAACCGAAUCUCCGGGCCCAUUCCGCAUGACUUCGGGAAGCUUAAAAUGCUGAGCCGGGCCUUGUUGAGUGGUAACCACCUUAGCGGGCCGAUCCCGGACUCAGUUUCUUGGAUUUACCGUCUGGCGGAUCUGGAUCUGUCUCGGAACCAGAUCUCUGGGCCCAUUCCGGAAUCGCUGGGUAAAAUGGCUGUUCUGUCAACGCUGAAUUUGGACAUGAAUAAGCUGUCUGGGCCCAUUCCGAAAAGCCUAUUCGGGUCGGGAAUCAGUGACUUGAACUUGAGCCGUAACGGGUUGGAGGGGAACAUAGCAGACGCGUUCGGCGUUCGGUCGUAUUUCACGGUGCUUGAUUUGUCGUAUAACAAUCUGAAAGGGGCCAUACCCAAAUCCAUAUCCUCUGCUUCGUAUAUUGGGCAUUUGGAUUUGAGUCACAACCAUCUCUGUGGCCCAAUUCCGGUUGGGUCACCUUUCGAUCAUCUCGAAGCGUCGUCGUUUGUGUACAACGAUUGCCUCUGCGGGAAACCACUCAAACCUUGCUAGCCAAACCAUUUUUACAGUUGCAA